AUAAUCAAAAAGGCCGACGAAUUAAUCCAGAAAGCCAAUAAACACUCCUAAUUAUCUCAUCGGUGACGUCUGAAGACUAAUCGAGAGCUAUCACUUCUCAUUUAUAAUCACUUGCCUGGGAAACUUUAUUUUUUCCAAAACUCGAUAACACUUAAGCGUUUCGGCUCGAGCUACAAAACAGUUCCCUUCUGUAAGGAUUUAUCCAACGUUUUUCUGUUUUCAGAACGAAAAUACAUUGUUGGUUAAACAAUUGAAAAAGAUAAAUGUUUACCGGUUGAUAAGUCAUAUUGCUGUUGAGAAGUUAAACCGGCUGACACAGUAUGGCAUCCAAGAGAUCAGCAGCUUAUUCCUUAUCUGUAUUUUUCUUGAUUUUGAUCACGUACGUCGUAUCAGCGUCUCCAUGCAGUUACAAAGCGUACAUCAAACCCGGAUCACGGUUCAGAAUCGUGAAUCGAGGUUUUCCGGAUUUCUACGAGGCGGGCGAGUCCUGCACCUGGUACGCGGUGACUCACCCUGAUGCCAUUCUCCACUUGCGAUGUCCUGUCGUAAACCUGGCUCAAGGCGACUAUCUUUUCGUGACGACUGGCAGCUUGAGGGAAGGAAUGGACUUCGAUCAGAGUUUUGAAGUCCAAGGCAAAUCCGUCCUCAUAGAAUUAGUUUCAAAUUCAUGGGCGGGAGGCUUAUUCCAGUGCGAAAUUUGGGCGGAUGAACCUGACACUGGAGACGAGGAUUGUGACUGCGGAUGGAGCUACAGUACAAGGAUUGUCGGAGGGGUUGAAGCUGGAGUACACGAAUUCCCGUCCAUGGCGGCUUUGGUGAACAGGUACGGUUUGUACUGCGGUGCAGUCAUCAUUGCCAAAAGGGUGGCUAUCACUACAGCGCACAGCGUCCUCGGCCGAGAUCCCAACGACUACCGGCUGCUGGUCGGUGAACACGACAUUUCAACAGGCAAGGACACAAAUGCUACUAAGCUUCUGGCGAUCAGCAAAUUCAUCCCUCAUGAAGAUUACUUGAACGGGCACAACGACAUUGCUGUCAUUAUCACAAAGGAAAAUAUAGUAUUUUCCGCCCGAGUAGGUCCGGCUUGCCUUCCGUUCAGUGUGGGUAAUCUAGAGAGGAAGUAUGUUCAAGCAGUAGGCUGGGGAAUGACAGAGUUCGGAGGUACCAUGUCCGACUAUCUGCAGAAGACAUUCCUUCAGGUGGUCCAGCCAUACCACUGCCAAAACGCCUAUAACGAGAGAUUCUCUGACGCUCAGCACAUCUGCACAUACUUCGACAGCCAAGAUGCUUGCCAGGGCGAUUCCGGUGGUCCCAUUUACUACAGGGAUAAUAACCGGAUGUACCUCGUCGGUGUGAUCAGCAACGGGAUCGACUGCGGGGGCAAAUAUCCCGCAAUAAACAGCAGGGUUUCUUAUUUUCUCAAUUGGAUUACCUCAGUAGUCCCAAAUUCUGGGUUUUGUGUGAAAUAAUAACACUCAAUUUGUGUUGUAAAUUAUUUUUUUAAUUAAUAAUACCAGGUAUUCUGUAUUAAUUCAGGAUACUGUUUUUCGAAAUACAAAGAUAAAUUUGAUAAUCCUGAACUAAAUUAGAAGUUUUCUUAACUUUCUUGGAAAACCCUGGAACUGCUUUUAUUGCUUGAACAAUUUACCGGGAGAACAGGUUACAUGAUAAAAUGAUAAUACUACUAUUUUUAAAAAUUGUUUAUGUAUGCCAAUUGUUAUCUAGUGAUAUCAAAAAUGCUUCAGAUUAUAAUCUAUUAAACUGUAUCAUCAUUGUUACUACACCAAUAUAUUAAAUUGUUAUAUUUACGAUC